AUGGGUUCCAUCGACGACCAAGAAGUUUUGACUGCGGCCGCACAGGCCCAGUUCACAAUCCAUCUCCGCAACACGACCAAUGCCGACAAUGUCCACGCCUACAUCACUGGGACUGAUCCCCAGCGCAACCACCUCUUCUUCCUGCGCGCCAACGGCAAGACUCCUUACUAUCCAGCAAACCCUCCAUCCAACGGCGCUCCCCUCGGACAAGACUGCGCCAUCAAGUUUGGGGGGCCAGGCUCCAGCACCCCUGCCACGAUCCCUCACCUCAACAGCGGGCGAAUCUAUUUCGUGCUGGGUAAGCUGGACUUCGCCCUGAACCACAACGCCAACGGCAGCAACCCAGCUCUUGUCGAGCCAACCCCGACUGACGGCAAAGGCCGGAACGCCAAGUGGGGCUUCGCCGAGUUCACGUGGAACACGCAGCAGAUGUACGCCAACAUCAGCUUCGUCGACUUCGUGGGACUGCCGAUCGCUUUGUCACUGAAGAGCUCUGGCGGCAAGGAAUCGCACGUCUCGGGCCUCCCUGCGGGCGGGCUGGCGGCCGUCUGCAAGAAGCUCGAGAACAUCGGCAACGGAUGGGCCAAGCUGGUCCUGAAGUCGGACGGCAAGUACGUGCGAGCCCUCAGCCCAGACAAGGCCAUGUCCAGCCUUCACCCUAAACUCUUCGCCGAAUACUACGACCAAUACGUCAACAAGGUUUGGCAGAAGUAUCAAAACGAACCGCUUCUGGUGAAGAUCAACCCGUCCACCACGCUGAAAGGCCACGUCGAGAACGGCGUGCUCAAGAUCGGCGGCGAGACGUUCGGCAAGCCGUCGUCCAGGAACAUCUUCGACAACAACACGGGCCCGUUCCAGAACAAUGGUAGCCCUGAGAGACUGGCUAUCAUUCCGCUGCUGUGUGCGGCGUUCAACCGCUCCACGCUGCUAGAGAACCACGAGAUCCCCGAUCCGAACGGACCCAAGGAUUACUACAAGCACGGAGACACGAACCACUACGCCAAGAUCGUGCAUGGGACUACAUCUGACGGGAAGGGCUAUGCUUUCGCUUACGAUGAUGUCACGCCUAUUGGCGGCAAGGAUCAGAGUGGGAUGGUGCAGUCGGGUAAGCCGGAGUCCCUGACUGUCACGGUCGGAGGUAAGUAG